UAAACGUCAAACGUAUCUGAGAAGUCCAGCUGGCGCUCGAUUUAUUGUGUUGUAUUUAUUUUGGUGUUUCAAUUGGUGCGCUUAAAUUUUUGUUCUAAUCCACUGUGAUCCUGAAAUGUUGCCGCCGUAACAUGCAAAAUGUUCAAAAUUGAGUCAUAUGUGACACCAAUCUUGUUAAGCUAUGUUGACAAAUAUGUACGAGACUUCAAGCCAGCAGAUGCACAAGUAUCCCUGUGGGGUGGUGGUGUGGCGCUACACAACUUGGUGCUCAAAGCAGAUGUUUUGCAAAAUGAGGUUGCCCUGCCGUUCACACUGGUAUCAGGACGGAUUCAUGAAUUACUUAUACAAGUUCCCUGGACUAAGAUAAUGUCGGAGCCUAUUGUGGUGACAAUAGAUACUAUAGAAUGUGUUCUAAGUCUUCAUCCGCCGGCAGCGUCAGAAGAAACUCUUGCGGAAGAGUCCCCUAGGUCGACAGUGGUGGAAGCCCCGCCGGGCUACAUGCAGGCGCUGGUGCGGCGCAUCGUGAGCAACAUCUCGCUGCGCGUGCACCACCUCAUCGUCAAGUACGUGCAGGAUGACAUCGUGCUGUCGCUCAACGUGAAGCAUCUGUGCGUCGAGAGCGCCGCCGCGGACUGGGCGCCAGCUUUUGCUGACAUCGAUCAGAGCGAGCCAGUGGUGAGGCGGCUAAUGCGGCUGGACGACUUAACGCUCUGCCUGGACCGGGCGGAUUCCGAUGGCAAAAUACGGUUCUACCAAGAACCUUUGCUUUACCGCUGCCAGCUGGACUUCAGAAUUGUAACCCGACUGGUCUCCGCCAACACCCGACGAGCGUCCUGCCUCGCCGUCCAGCUGCGGUCGUCCAAGCUGGCGUGGGGCGUGACCAGCGAACAACUCACGCUGCUGCUGCGGCUGCUGCGGGAGCGACAGAACCAAGUCAACACCUCUCCACCGCCGCCCAAACAGAAUGCGAUGAAUUUAGUCGCACCACAGGGUAGUUCAACGUCGAACGCGGCGGAGCCGGUCCGGACCGAGAGCUGGUCGGAAUGGGCGUGGUCGUGGCUGCCCACGUGGAUGGACAAGGAGGGCGGCGUGGAAGAUGCGACCAUGCCUCCGACGCCCAUCCCUGUCCUGUUUAGCGCCUACUUAGACCACGUGUCUUUAGUGUUUAAGGUGAUGGAGGCAGAGGGCAGCGCGCGCAAACGUGCCCGCGGCGUGAUGGAGCUUAGCGCGUUUCAUGCGGCGGCGCGCGCGGCGAUGUGCGCGCCGACCACGCUGCGCGUGCGCGUGGGCGUGCGCCAGCUGCGCCUAUUGUCGCGCGGCAAGUGCAUCUGCGGACACCAGGACCUUAACGCGAUGAAUGACGAGUCUACAAUAUAUUUGGAGAAGAGAAUUUCUGAAGAGGACAAAGAGCCUUGGAGUUGGCCUGACAAUCUUGAGACCUUGGAGUGUAAGGUUGAGACAGCGGAAGUGGCGGAGGAGGUUUACAGUGAAACAUCCGACGCAACAGAAUCGUCUGCUGAGCUGAAAUUGAGCAGCAUAGAGGAGGACGAUGCGACCGACGAGCUGUGGCGGGCGCUGUCGCCCGUGGUCCUGCUGCGGUACUCGCACACGCGUUCCCCGCCCGCCGACACCAACCCGUAUGAGAGCCCGCCCGUAGACUUCCAGUACAGCGAUUGGCAAGAGGAGAACAAAUUGAAAAUAUUUCUGGAGCCAAUGGACAUUUAUCUUAGAAUGGGUCUUCUUCAUCGGAUAUCAGCUAUUCAACAAAUUUUUCAAGAUCUUCCGUCAAUCCCAGUUCCAGAUGUACCUAUGAGAACACUUACAGUAGAAGAAUGUGAGGCGUUGGACGCCAAUAUACCUCAGCGUAGGAGCUUCUUAGUGAUGCGGGGGUUGCGCCUACGAGUCCUUCCCUGGGAUCAUUCUCUGUCGGAAAAACAGACCUCACCAUCGCUAGUGCUAGAUGUUGAAUCGCCAGAAGUGAAGCUGAUUGUGUCGGGACCACUUUAUCCACAUAGAGUGUGUUCUGCGGCCUGCCAAAUGCCCAAAGAAGAGGGUCCGCUCUGGCAAGGCGCGCGGCUGCACGUGACCGCCACGCUCGCCGGAGUCGAGGCGCGCCUGUGCCGGCUCUCGGACGGGCAGUCGCGGCCCGUGGCGCGCGCCGACCUGCGCCUAGUGCUGCACCUCCUGCUGCAUCCCGAGAUGUUCGCUAACAAGGAGACUGUCCACACCAGCUAUAAUAUCAAAAUACGUGAAAUGAACACAUGCGGAUCAGCGGCGCGGCUGCAGGCGGCCUGGUACGUGUUGCAGUCGCUCAUCGACCAGCGGCCUUCUCACGUGCUGCGACAAACUUGGCUAGUCAGAGACGCACUCAGCGACGAAGAGUCGGUGGCGAUCGACGCGGCGAUAGAGGACGGGUCGUUGCGCGGAUUCAUCACGAGGACGGUGAACACGCACAUCGCCAUGGUGCAGUCGGCGCGUGUCAUGGCAUUUUACUCGCCGAAUGAAGGGAAUGUUAAACAGGCAUGGAUAUUCUCCGCUCCUGACUCGCAGACUACCACAGCGUUCGUCCGCGUGGCGCUGCAGUGGUGCGCCGAGCAGUCAGAGGGCACGGUAGACUACCUGGGUAUUUGGACGGAGCCGGUGGCUUUCUGCGCCGACCCGCUCUUCAUAGCGUGGCUCGCCUACAAACCGCUUAACAAAUCACCCACAACAAUAUUAGAAACAGCGCCGUUGUCAAGAGCCUCAUCAUCGUCACAAUCUUAUUUACGACGCCGCGUUACGCCACCUUCGUCGAGCGGGCGCGGCGCCAGCCGCACAGGCUCAGGGUCGGAGCUGGUGCACGCGGCGCGACUGCGCAGCCUCGGCUCCAGCAGCGACCACGGCGAAAUGUGCAGGCCCGCGGCUCCUCCACAGACUAAGACCCCUGAGACGUUUCUGCACCCCGACCGCCUGCUGAAGCUGCACGCGCGCCUGCAGCAGCUGCUGGUCUGCGUGGAGGUGGGCACGGCGGUGGUGUACUUCACCACGGGCACGGCGUCGGCUGAGGGCUGCGCCGCCAUGCGCGACGCCGUCGAGCGGCUCGCCGCCGGCGUGCCCAAGCAGCAGGUGCUCGUGCUCAGUGUGGGGCGCUUAACAGUCAGCUCAAGCUCUAUUAUGAAACAUCUUUGGGAGAACGUCCGCCAUGACGGCCCUACGUUUAUAACAAAGCCUACAGAAGAACCCAUGGAAUCGUUCCCCUGGAAGUUGCGUCUAGCCGACGUGACCUGCUACACCCUGGAGACCCGUCUGUACACGGACGCCGGGCGCGUGCAGGGUGGCGUGCUGCGCUCCACGCUCAAGUCCUUGCCCAUUUCCACGCGCCUGGUGCUGGAGGCCGUCACCACCACCGUCACCCUCUCCAUCGUUACCAAGUACAUGCAGAUACGCUCGUGGAAGGUGUCGCCGGAACAACAGAAAGCCACUGAGCGGUCGGAGCCGACCCCAGAGGAAUUGAGUGUAAAAUAUUUUAAAUCAGGAAUUGAUUUCAAACCAUCCACAUUAAAGGAGUUCGUCCGCGGUCCAUCCAGACUUAAAAGAAGUCAAAGUCCAGAGGGCAAGCAGAGUAACUUUCGAGACCGGGAUCCAAAGGAGAAGACCACGCAAGGGCCGGUGGUGUCGAUGGGCGUGCACCUGCACGCCGACACGCCGCCCGUCACCGUCCGGCUGGAGCACGACCAGGUAAAUAUCGUCGCUGCAGCGGUGCAUUGUUUGACACACCUGCACAUGGUAACGAGCCGGACCCCGGCCGGAGCCGCCGGCGCCGGAGCUAGGUCAUACACGUCAUUGCCUGCCUCUCAUGAUCACAGCUCUUUAAUAAGAUCAGUGUCUGAAUUAAACGAGCAGGACACCCCGUCGGAUGAGAAUCUGAGUGAAAGUUAUUCUGAACUUAUUCCCAUAUUUGAAUCUCGAGCAAUUCCCGAAGUGAAGCUGAAAACCUUCUUUUGGUUCCAAUGGGUCGUGAGCCGCGCGACGCUGGUUGUAGCCACGCACCAAUCGAAGCUGGCCAUGGAAAUUGACGACAUCAUAUCUACAGUAGACAUUCAGGAACAUUACAAUCAGCUCAAAGUGAAAGUCGCUUCUGCAUCAGUUCGACAUCACAAAAGGAGCCACGAGGACUGGGAAGCCGGCGUGCUGGGCGGGCGGGUGCUGGAGGCUCGGGAGCCCAUCGACUCCAAGGAGGAGGACCAUUUCCUCGCUGUUACUAUCACGCAGGCGCAAAUAUCUAAUUUACCCGCUAGUUGGAAAGAAGAGCUACAUCCCAAGCUGUUACAACAAAAAGGGGCCGGAGACAGCAUGUGGGAAAUAUACGCUACACUCGCGCCUUUGGAAGCGGUGCUGCAGCCUUCUCUCAUUGAGAACAUUAUGUCUCUAGUCCGUGAGAUGGCGCCACCGUCUUUUUGUCCUCUGCAAUCCGGAGACGAACCAAGUGACAGCAGCACUUGGCAGUGGCCGUUUUGUUAUGUUACUGCGGGCGGGCUGCGGCUGCUGGUCAAUACCGAUCUCCACGACCCGGAAAACGACGACACGUUUCUCUUACUGGUCGGCAAAGUAUCUAUCAAUCCGCAUCCUGAAAAUCCUAUUUGUCGACAAUCCGUUACUACUGGAUUGGAUGGCUCUUGGAACUCUACCGGAGGCAGCCCGGAAGGCCGUCAGUACGAGGUCGUCGUCAAACACGUCGCUAUUCAGUCCGCGCAGCUCCAGCAGAUUAUAAAACAAGAAGAGAGAAGAGAAAUCUAUAACAAAGGCACCGGUAGCGAGAACCCGGCUGUGAAGUGGUCUCAACCGCCUGUUUCGCCCGUCGUGACAGCUAUUCUCCAUCAUGUGGACAUAAGCUGCAUUCUGGCGCCGCCGCUGUUCGUGAACGGCGCGCUAUCGUGCGGGCCGGCGGUGGAGCUCAACCUGGCUUCUGACUGCGCCUUCGAGGUCAGCCUGGAGCAGCUGAAGCUCCUGCAGCACUUGCUCUCUGAGGCCAGCUCUUCCACGAGCUCUAGUGAGGAUUCUAUUCCAUCAAUGGUCGCCACAGUCGCCGUGUGUCCGUAUGCGGCGUUAUUUUUGAACCCGAAGCUAACGCCUGAGAGUACGUUACAAGAUAGUAACGCGGCAUCCUUUAAAGGAGUUGCUGAAGUGCAAUUGAUCCACGAGUCAAGCAACACCAGUAAAUCCGAUCGAGGGUUUACAACCGAUUCAGGUAUAGACGUGGCUACAUCGAUGUCAAGACUGAAGCUAGACAGGCCCGCUUCAAAGAAAAACCUCAACGUCGCCUUUGCCGAGGAAAUAAUUGAUGCGUCAGAAUAUCUGGAGGUGUUUGUGACAAUGGGCGUAAUCGAAAUAUCGCUUUAUAUGGAAGAUGACAAUAGCCCCGCAGUAAUUGCUUUGAGGCCGCCUCCCAAACCUGAGGAAAAGGAAGAGGACACGGCCGGUUCAGAAAGAGACGCCGACCAAGUCGAGGGAACGUCAGCAUCUGAACUAAAGUCAACCGCUAGCCAAAUGAGUAUUACCGAAGGGGUUAGGCUUAUGGACACAAAACUUGAUAUGCACGCUCAGCAGGCGUUACAACUGCCCCGUGCUAGGCUGACUUCCGGCAAGUUAGCGCUGCUGCACAUUACUUUACAUCAGCCCAAUUUGUACUACUGGAGGAAAAAAACACGGAAAAAUCUUCAGGUGUCACUGUUUAACGCAUGGAUUGGGCUGGGAGCGGGCGAAAAGGAUGGCAGUCAGCCGCUAUUAUCGACGGCGAAGGGGACGCCGGACCCGGUGACCGACAUACCGCCGGCGCUCGCCACUGUCAAGAUUGUUAUGCCGACUGGUGGCAGCGGGCCAAGCAACUACAGCGGCGUCAAAGGAUCCGUGACCGUGGACGUGGAGCGGCCGGUGCUGCUGGGACUCUCCGCGGAUACUCUGCGCCGGCUAACUCUCAUCAACCAACUGGUAAUUCUACUACGACUGGUCCAAAAAAAUUUGCAGAAAAAUAGUGAGAAAGGAAAUACUACCUCAAUGAGAGACGGCGAUUUUCAUACACCUCCGUUCCUUAAAUUGCGUAAAUUCAUGGUUAGCCACAACUUGGAGAAUAUCGUAAUCCAAAUGAGUCAGCUCGGGGUGACUGGCAGCGAAGGUACAAUAGGGUGGGACAGCGCAUCGCUUCAGAUAGGUGCCGCGGCGCGGCCGGAGCGGCUGGUCGCGCGCGCACUACUGUCUGCGCUGCUGGUGGCCGCCGGCCCGCCCUCCGACCGGCGCCAUGUCCUCCUGCAACCGAUGAUGCUAGGUAUGGAAUUGGAGUGCAGCUGGGAAGCGUGGCGAAGGGCUGAGGACGGCGUGUCGGCGCGCGAGCCCUCAGUGCGCGUGACCCUAGACCUGGACCGCGUCACGCUGGACGUGCGGCCGGAAGACUUCGCCGCCCUCUGCAGAAUACAACUAGCAAUGGACACGUUGGCUGAUAAACAGGUAAGGUCAAUGUGGAGUAGACCGCGCGUCUAUCAGGUAAGACCGUCUACAAUCUUUUCGUCGCUUCUAACUCUUGCGAAGCGAGAGCAGGAGCGAAGAUCUUCCUUUCUGACUUGUGUCAAGGAGGACGAAAAGGAGCUCCUAGCGCCGCAGGAAGAAAGCAGCGAUAAUUUGCGGUCUUACAGUAAGCGGAGCAUGUCCGAGAGAGCCUUACCCAGUUUGGAGUCUGUCGAGGCCUCCGACCAGUAUUACAAGGACGAUCUCAAAAGUGGAGCUUUUAAAAUAGUAACCGGGGGCCAGUUCCCGAUGGCUUACCAGGUGACGCUACACGGCGACGCCAUGUCCUGGCGCUACCCGCACCCGCGAACUGUCUCUAGGAUCACGAUGUUCCCCAUACCUGGCAUUGACGAAGAAGUGAAAUGCAAGUUGGAAUUCUACGAUACGUUAUUGAAAAAAUGGGAGCCGCAUACGUAUGUUACUCUGCCUGUAUCAGAACCCAACGAAAUCAAAUUAUAUGCAGAACCACCAGAUGCCGUUUUUGCAACAUUGUGGAGAUUUCGCGCGGAUUCUGGCACCAAGCCUCAAGAGCGCACCAUCGAGUUCGACAUCACCAAGUUUAUGCCCAGAGCCGACCCCCUGGCAAGUGUGCGCGACGAGCCCCCAGCGGAAGCGCGCGCGGGCCUCGUCAGCGCCGAGCAGCUUUCCAGCGCGCUGCGCGUGGACUCGUACUUCUCGCCGCGCUCCGUGGCGCGUGUGCGCGCCGCGCUGCGCUGCACAGAGCUCGAGCUGCAUGCGCACAACUCCCUCCCCAGUCUAUACAGAAAAGCGCGUUCGCUGGAGGGCUACUACGUGUCGCGGCCGCUGAUGCGCAGCCACCGCGUGCUGUGCGUGAGCGCAGCGGACACCGUGGCGCAGGCGUUGCUCGGCUCGCGCGCCGGCCGCCUACUGCUGCUCGACACCAAACUCUCAUGCGACGUCCUAGACUGCUCGACGGGCACGCUCGAGCAGCUGGUGGUGUCGACGCGCGUGCAAGCGAGCGCUUCCGUACCGAGCAACGUUUCUGUAUCGCACGCUCGAGUUCGCGCGUGCUCGGAGUGCGUGCGCAUGGCGCUGCACGUGCCGCGUCUCGGCACGCUGCGGGCGCUCGCCGAGGACUGGGAGCCAAUUUUACGACAGUGCAAUGGAGACGUAUCCACGGAAAAUGAAGAGAAUGAUUUGGACAGUUGUAUUGAUUCCGAAGCGGACAUGAGUGCAGUGUCAGAACUAGAGGGGCGUGUGUCGCUGUGGCUCUACAACAGUUGCUCAAGCGCGCUGCGCGUGGGCCAGGAGGGCUGCGAGGAGAUCGCGCCGCUGGGGCCUGGCGCGAGGCUCGCCUACCGGUGGCCAUCUCCGAAUGCACCGUUCAAAAUUCGAUUUGCUCUAGCGGGGCCGUCUACUGACUUGCAAUGGUCCUCUAGUAUACCGUUUUGUUCGGGCGAGAGCCGCGUGCGGCUGCCGGACGCUGACGCGGCGGGCGGCGUGUACGUGCACGUGCGCGGCGACGUGGCGGGCGCACGCCGCACGCUGCACCUCUCCGGCCGCCUUGUGCUCGCCAACGCGCUGCGCCGGCCGCUGCAUUACAAGGUGCGAGCGAAGAAUUCAAGUACGAAAGCGUGGCGUUCAGUGUGUUCGGGGGAGUUGAACGCCGAGACCGUCGGCCGGAGCGUCCUGUGCGGUGUUGACUGCGAAAUGGUGCUUAAAAUAAAGUUUACAACGCAGGACACCGGUUGGUCAGGUGACAUACCGCUUAAGGAAUGUCCAAAAGAAAACGUGCCGUGGUUAGUUAAAGUGCCGAGCGGUGGCGAGACGGCGUACGUGUCAGUGUGGUGCCGCGUGGUGCGCGCGCGCUCCGACGGCCGCGUGCUGGCCGCCAUCUGGCCGCUCUACGUGUUGUGCUCGCACCUGCCGCUCGACACUGACGUGUUAGUGUCAACGCAGAAAGAGAGUUCAGAGACCGCGUCGCGACCGUCCCCGCUGGUGCAGACGGCGCCGGGCCGCGGCGCCUGCACGCACUUACUGGCGCCCGGCACAACCGCGGCGCGCCACCAGCUGUCCUUUCAGUACAAAGACGUGGAGCAUCCCGUCACCCGCGAGGCGAUUCCUCUGCACUAUGGUGUGACCAACACUUCAGUGUUCGACAAACGGGUGCCGGCGAACAACAUUAAUGAAAUCGUUGAAGAGAUUCGUGAAUGGUUUGACCGGUCGGCGCGACGAGUGACUACCGACUGGCCUUAUUCUAUAGUCGCGUCCCAUUGGUCGGGACCAUGGAGCCCGGCGUCAUUGCAACCACGCUGCGAUGUCACGGUGCGGUACGACGCAGUGCGCGCGGGCGGCGGCUGCUCGCUGCAGAUCUCGCUGCGGCCGGUGGCGCUGCUGUGCAACGCGGCGCGCGUGCCGCUCACGCUGCGCGCGCACGACGCCGCGCCGCUGUGCCGGCUAGAACCCGGUGCCGCGGUUUCCGUACCGAGCGCCCUUCUGCAGAAACCAUUGUUCAUGUCGAUGGAAAUGGGGCGGGAGACGUUCGUGAGCGGCCAGCUUCAGGUGUGGGCCGAGGAGCCCGGCCGGUACGGCUCGCCGCCGCGCGGCUGCGUCGCUCUCGACCACCCCGCGCCGUUCCUCAUACACUGCAACCAGAAGGUGGCGUUCCUGACGUUGCACUACGAAAUAAAAGAAGAGAUUAACGUUUUGGGAGUGACAUCGACUUUCCUACUUAUAAACAGACUGGAAACUAAUCUAUUGGUUUCAGGUAUAGCCGUUCCUGUUACCAACUCGAAUGAUGUGAAUUUGCAGCCCAAAAACUACAAAGUUGUGAAUCCGACCAAAGAAGAAAGUCUCGACGGAGAAGCGCUGAGUCGUUUCUGGGUGCUGGAGCGGUGGCGUGGCGGCGACCCGAGCGAGUUGCGUACAUACUUGUGCCUGGCGCUGCCAGUGCAGGGGGCGGACGCCGCGAAGUCUGCACACGCGCACGUGCCCGUGUUGCUGGCCGCCGCGCCCGUGCGCCGCGCCGUCGCGCUGCGAGAUCAUACGGGCAGAUCGAUACCAGUGGUGAUAGUGCAGCAGAAACAUGAAGGGCGGUGGCUGGUGACGGUGGCGCCGGACCCAUGCCCGCAGUUCGUGGUGCACAACCGCUCGAGCCACGCGCUCGUCAUAGCGCAGCCCGACCACUCCGGCCCAGUGAAGACCAUAGCUGAAUGUCCGGGCACGCGGUGGCACUGCGCGGUGGAGGCGGGGGGUGUGGUACACUACUCGACGCCGGCGCACAGUGCUCGGUUCCCGCCGCCGCCCAACGCCGCUCCCAACACGGACCUCAUUCCUUUCCUCACUAUCAGCAAACUCAACGAGCACCAAGAUCCGGAGUGGAGCGACGGAGUGGCGGCAGCGGGCGGCGAGCAACUAGUGCAGUUGCCCGACGGCGACACCGUCAAGCUGCGCGUGCGGCCCCAUCCGCACUCGUCGCUGCUCGAGUUGAAGGACGUCGACGAGAACGACAUAUCAGCGAGCGUAAUAAGACGUCGGCUGGAAGGAUCCUUUUGUGCCUAUACAGAUACAGGAAAAGAGGUCAAUAUAAACAGAUCGGUAGCCUCUCGUAAAUUGACGUCUCCCACCCCAACUAAACUUGUUGUAACCACGGCCAUCUCCACCGCGCCGGACAGCGCCCCUGAACCAGACGCCAACAAGUUAACUAAUGCAAAUGAACAUUCAGAAACUGGCUUGGAAACAAAGGAGUUUCUGAAGUUGCAGAAAUAUGACGAGUCAACUAGUAAAUUAGAAAAAAUAAAUGAAACCACAAAAUUGAUACAUGAUGAAAACGAGGAUUUUGGAGACAUGCUGAAAACAGAUUCUACAUGCCUCAGUGAGAACAGUAUGUUGACACUUGCUAACGUAAGGUCUUACCAAGAAUCCGCCGACGUUCUGCGAGGUAUCUCAGAGUCAGAAUGGGGUGACAAGGGAUGGUCGCCAGUGGAGCGAGUUCGCUGCGUGGUAGCCGGCAUAGCUAUCGAAAUGGCCGCCACGCCCGACGCCAGUCCGCUGCUCGCUCUGCAUAUCGACCGAGCCGCUCUCUCGGUGCAAUGUGACAGCACGGGGACUAAUGCAGUGGUUUCGAUCGCCGACAUCCAAGUAGACAACCUGCAAUACGAGAGCGGGAACUACGAGUUCGCGGUGGUAGCGUCGACGCGCGGCGAGCCGCCGACGAGCGACGCGUGGCCACCGCUGUGGCCCAGCGCGGCCGGCGACGCGUUCGCCAUGCGAGAGAAGGAAGCGCGCUUGGUGCUUCACCUGCGCUAUGACUCAUGGACUGUCAUCGACGACGCGUAUACAGAAGUGACGGAGGUAGAGCUGCGGUUAGGUCCGCUGGCGCUAUACGUGGAGGACGGAUACGUGGGCGCGCUGGCGCAGCUGGCGCGCGCCGCGCGGGCGGCGGUGCCUGCGCCCGCGCCCGCGCCCGGUGCCAUCGUCGCGGCCGAGACGCGCGCGCUGCAAUGCCCGCUGCGGUUACGCUCGCUGCACCUGCACCCGGUGGAUCUCACGCUCACGCUACAUACUGCCGUGCGUAUGUACAUCGCGCUAGACCAGAGUCCGUUAUGCCUGAGCGCGUUCCAACAAACGGACAUGGUGACGUGCGCCGAGCGUCUGACGCACGCUCUCACCGUGCACUAUCUCUCCGCCGCCAUAUUGGGCGCAGGUUGGGUCGUAGGCGGCCUUGAGCUGCUGGGUGCGCCGGGCGCGUUGGCAGCGCGCGUGGGGGGUGCGCGCGGCGGCGUGCGCGGCGUAGCGGCGGCAGCGGCGGCCGCGCUGCUGCGCUCGCUCAGCGCCUGUGCCGGCUCGCUGGCGCGCAACCUCGACCUGCUGGCCGGUGACGACGAGCAUGCGCGUCGCGCCGCUGCCGCGCGCCGACGCCACCCCGACACCUUUGUUCAGGGGCUCGCCGCCGGCAUCACCAACUUCGCUAUCAACAUACUUGGCGCAGUGGGCGGGCUGGCGCACCACCCGCUGGUGAGCGUGGCGGUGGGCGAGGUGGAGGGCGGCGCGGCGGCGCUGCGGCGCGGGCUGCUGGGCGCGCUCACCAAGCCGCUGUCCGCCACCGCCGACCUGGUCGCCUUCGCCGGACACGGCCUGCUGCGCCAGACCGGCUGGGACCCCGUGCCGCAGCGGCGCUCCGUGUGCGCGGGGUUGGAACGCGGCGGUUGCGGCUGGCGGCGCGACUGCGUGCGCUGGUCGUUCCGGCUGGCCGAGGUGCACGCGCUGGCCGGGUUCGACGUGCUGCUAGACGAUGCGCCGUUGCGUCUGCUGCUCACGCACCAGUACCUCAUGAUUACUGACCCAGAAACAGAGCGAAUCGUUGAAAUGGUCGAUCUUCGAUUCUGCACGCUAAGGCCGCACCAAGGACCUAUCGUCGAGUUGGUGGUAACGAGACGACAAAAGGAGAAAGUAGCAGAAUCUAAAGCUGUGGACGAAGACGAUGAAUAUCAGAUAAGCAGCGCAGCCAUGGCGCGCGUGGCACGGUACACGGGCGCGGACGAGGGCGUAACGCCGGCGGCGAGCGCGGCGCGCGUGCUGGCGCUGCGGGCGGCCGCGCGCCACGCGCCCGCGCUCCGAGCCGCGCUCGCCGCCGCGCUGCACGCCGUCUCCGACGACCACCUGCACCUGCUCUACUACUAGCCUAGCCUAGCCGGCCGCGGCCCGCCGCCCGCCGGACCCUACCCCCACCUACCUACCUACCAUACACAUUUCUACAUAAUACGUAGAUUUAAUUCACUCACUUACGUACACCGCCAUUAUACUUGAUAGGUAUUCUACUAAAAAAAUACAUAAGGUGUUUGAGGUAACUGCACAGCAAUUACUUGCAGUGUAAUGGUGAAUUUAAAUGGGGUAGUUAAUGAACCACUUUGAAAUUCGUAUAUUUGUAACAUGUAAAUGGAUAGCCCAGGUAAAAUGAUGCUCCGGUUAACCUCGCAUUGGUUUGGCAGCCUUGCUAUAUGAAUAAGAUAAAGGUAAUGUUCCAGCCUAAUGUAUAUGUAUGACAUUUUAUGGACUUGCAUAGUUUUUAUUUAUUUAUCCUAACUUUUAUAAUCAACUCAACUUUAAAUUGAAAUAAAUACAUAGAAUGAAUAUUAAUUAUAGUUGAUUUAAAUGUGAUUCAUAUCAAUUGCCUUUCUUUUAAGUAAAGCAAAAACAGUUCACCAAACGUUAAAAUUUAAGAGUAGAUACAGAUAAUAUGCAAUAGUUGUAGUGUACGGAAAUGAUUUUUCACCUUGAAUGAAAAAUAAUGCUGUCAUGAGUCAUGACCCUUGUCCAGUGGUUCCCAAACUUUUCUCGACGAGUAUUACUUUGCUUAUUUAUUGUUUACUGACAUGUACGAUACAUAUAUGACUGUUGCGAAUCAGUGAAUCAGUUCUGAGGCUCUUGGAAACCAUUUUGUAACACAUUGUGAAUCUGUGGUCCUCGGACUGUCCUACACA